UCCUCUUUGAGCUCUUGGUCUCCAGUCAGAGGAUGAAGUGAGUUGUCUCUUUGAUCAAUUCAUCUGUCUCAUCAUCGUUUACCGAAGACUUCAUUCUUCAGAGGCAGCAUGAAGCUGUUACUAAUAGCAGCUGCCUCUCUGGCAGUAGUGAGCUGUGCCAGCCUCUCUCUGGAGGACCUGGAGUUCCACGCAUGGAAACUCAAGUUUGGUAAGGUGUACAGGACCCCUGAGGAGGAGGCCCGGCGCAAAGACAUCUGGCUCUCCACCCGCCGCAGGGUUCUGACCCACAACAUCCUGGCUGACCAGGGCAUCAAGACCUACCGCAUGGGCAUGAACCACUUCUCCGACAUGGACAACGAUGAAUACCAUAACACUCUCCUCCUCAGAAGCACACUCCUUUCCAAUGCGACCAAAACCAUGGCUCAGCUUGGUAGAACACCCUCCAAACAGAAAGGGGGCGCUAUGCUUCCUAAGUCUGUAGACUGGAGGACAAAGAGUUGUGUGACUCCUGUCAAAGACCAGACUCAGCAGUGUGGAUCCUGUUGGGCCUUCAGUACCACAGGUGCGCUGGAGUCCCACACCUGCAUAUAUAAGGGACGCCUCCCCUCUCUUAGCGAGCAGCAGCUAGUGGACUGCUCUAGGUCCUAUGGGAACGAAGGCUGCAAUGGAGGCUACAUAGACAGGGCCUAUGAGUACGUCAUCAAGACUGGAGGAGUGGACACUGAGGACUCGUAUCCUUACGAGGCAGAGGAUGACACCUGUCGCUUUAAGCGCUCGGCUAUCAGUGUGUCCUGUAAAGGCUACACUGAGGUGAAACCUCCAGGAGAGGAGUCCGCUCUGCAGGAAGCUGUGGCCAACGAGGGACCCGUGUCUGUGGCCAUUGAUGCUGAGAACGACUUCCGAAACUACCAGUCUGGUGUCUAUGAUGAGCCUUCCUGCAGCAGAACUAGGCUGAACCAUGCCAUGCUGGUGGUUGGCUACGGAACUGAAGAUGGCCAAGACUACUGGCUGGUGAAGAACAGCUGGAGCACUUCCUGGGGAGAAGAUGGCUACAUCAAGAUGUCUAGAAAUCUGGACAACCAAUGUGGCAUUGCCUCUUAUUGUUUCUUCCCUCAAGUCUGAUGAUGAGUUGGUUUAUAACAUUGAGGACAUUUCUGGAAUUUAUUAACUUGUUCAUUAAUCACAAGACCAGACAUCUGAUUAACAGGAGAUGCCUCUACCUCCACCACAUAUACUCUAAGGCUAUUUUUUCAAGCGUAUCUUUGGAUAGAUCUGAGAAUGUAUAGGGCAUGCAGGAAGUUGAGGUCAUGUUCAAAGAAGUUCAUCACCUCAUGUGACAAACUCAGGGUUUCAGUUGCACUUACAGUUUUCCUACAGAGAAAUAUGAAGACACUAUAGCUCACAACGCCUAGUCCACUGGUCAUGUAAUACUAAUACAGAAAAACAAAACAAUUAUUGCUGCAAUUGUUUGUGCUUUUAUCUAUCAAAUUUGAUUUAGCUUCAAGCAAACAUGAAAAGAGGAGUUUCAAAAUAUUCUGCAUAUGGGGAACUGGCUUGAUUAUUUGAAGAUUUAUUUUUCCUGUGUGUGUGUGUGGGGGGUACUGUGGGUGUCCACAUUAAUCAAUAAUUGUUGUAGAUUUGACACUGUUACUGAAAUAAAAUGUCCACAAAUACA